AUGAAAGAAAGUGAUUCUUUCAAAGUGACCAAAUAUCCCAGGGAACAUACAUGUUCUCUUGAAAUGAGAACUGGUAAUCAUCGACAAGUAAAAAGUUGGGUUAUUGGACACUUAAUAAAGUCCAAAUACGAACAAAUUGACCAAACCUACUGCCCAAAAGAUAUAAUUAAGGGCGUCCGACGAGAAUAUAGAGUGAACAUUACCUAUGGACAGACUUAUCGGGCUAGAGAGUACGAAUUAGUAUAUGCACGAGGGCCGCCAGAAGGAUCAUAUACUGUUGUUAAGGCAUACGGUGAGGCACUUAAGCUUGCAAAUCAAGGUACCAUAUUUGAGGUUGAAGUAGAAGACGAACAAUACUUUAAGUACGUCUUCAUGGCACUUGGUCUGUGUAUUAGGGGUUUUCUAAACUACAUCCGCCCAGUAAUCGUUGUUGAUAGGACCCAUUUGCAUGUGAAAUACAAAGGUAUGUUGUUAAUUGCAACGUGUAUUGAUGAAAAUAACAAUAUAUAUCCUAUCGCCUUCAGUAUUGUAGAUGGUGAGAACGAUGCAUCAUGGACUUGGUUCAUGACUCAUUUGAAGGCUUCAAUAGGAGACGUUCCCAAUCUAGUGAUUAUAUCAGAUCGUCACAUCUCAAUUGUAAAGGCGGUUGUAGGGAUAUUCCCUGAUGCAUUUCAUGCCCUGUGUAUAUACCAUAUUCGGAACAAAUUGGUGCAAGAAUAA